AUGCCCGCGCCUAUCCCAGCACCACCCGGUCUCCCGAUCCUGGGCAACAUUUUGGAUGUCAGUCCCUCUAACACUUGGGGAUCUUUGAAUGCGCUGGCUGAGAAAUAUGGCCCCAUCUUCAAAAUCAAUGUCCUCGGCCAUCAAAUCGUCUUCGUCGCCAACAACGCCUACAUCGAAGAAAUCUGCGACCAGACUCGCUUCCGGAAAUGCGUGACAGGACCCGUCGUCGAGAUCCGCGCAGCCGUCCACGACAGUCUCUUCACAGCCUUCCACUCCGAAGAUGACAGCUGGGGCAAGGCACAUCGCAUCAUGGCACCUCUGGUCAGCCCAGAGGCCGUCCGCCAGGAAUUCGCAGGCAUGCGCGACACAGCAAAGGAUCUGGUCCAGAAAUGGUCUUCGGGCCACCACCAAAAGGUCAGCGUGACCAACGAUCUGGACCGUCUCAACCACGCCGCCAACAUGCUGUGCUUCUUCGACCAGCGCGUCAACUGCGUCCUGGGCGAGGAGCCGGCUGUUAUUAAAGCCCAAGAAGCCGCGACCGGCGAAGCCAUGCGCCGUCCCACAAGACCCCGCCUCUUCAACUGGCUGUACUACAACCGCAAGUUCGACAACUACAUCAAGAUCAUGCGCGACUACGGCGCCAAGAUCGUCGCCACGCGCAAGGAUAGCCAGAACCCCAAAAAGGACAUGCUCUACGCCAUGCUCCACGGCAAAGACCCGCAGUCCGGCAACUCCCUGACAGACAGCCAAGUCCUCGACGAAAUCAUCAACAUUUUCAUCGGCUCCGCCACAGCCCCCAAUCUCGUCUCCUUCGCGCUGUACUACCUCGUCAAGAACCCAGAGGAAAUCAAAAAGGCGCAAGAGGAGAUCGACGCCGUCGUCGGCACGGGUGAAUGGGAAUAUGAACACCUCUCCCAACUCCCCUACUGUGAGGCCAUCCUCCGCGAAGCCUUCCGUCUUUCCGCCGUGGCGCCCGGUUUCAACAUCGAACCUAUCCCCGAUACCCAGGGCCCUGUCACGCUGGGUGACGGCAAGUACGAAAUCCCAACCAACCAGCCCAUCAUCGCCAUUCUGUCGCAGGUCAACCGCGACCCUGAUGUCUUCGAGGACCCCAACGCGUUCAAACCGGAGCGCAUGGUCGGCGAGAAAUACGACAGACUGCCAUCUGGCGUGAAGAAGGGCUUCGGUAACGGCAAGCGCGAGUGUAUCGGGAAGAAGUAUGCGUAUGACUGGUCGUUCUUUGCACUUGUGGCUAUCCUGCGCGAUAUUGAUAUCGAGGAAGCGGAUGCUGGUUAUAAGGUUGCUAACGCGGGAGUAAAUUAUAACGGGGCGUUUAGUGUGAAGCCGUUGGGCUUCCAUGCAUUGGUUAGUCCGAGGAAAAGGUAA